UGUUCAUAUGUGGCCAGGUGCCCCUCAAUGAAGUCGAUUCAAAGUGAUUUAAAUUUCAUAUCGAUGAUGACCUAAAUGCUAAAUAGUGGGUAGUUAACCGGUAGCUUUGACUCGAUGCGUUCUGAGCUGGAAGCACCGUGGACCACACUCACGGAUGACCAAACUUUCUGUACGUCGCAGCCUUGCCUUGUUCCUACCAUAGAUCAAUCACUUGUCGUUAGUUUUCCUCAUUUGGUCCUUCCAACCUCUUUCUUUGUUUCCCUUUGCCUUCUUUUUGCCCCUUUGACUUGCUCUUUCUCAUCUUUCCAGCGACCGAUCUUGUUUUGACUUACAUUCAAUGAUUGAGCUUUGGCCUACCUUCUCCGGAAUACAGAAAGAACCGAAAGUCUCUAAGGCUUCCGCACACUG